AGCCAGCGAGGUGCCCAGGACCAGGACGGCUGGGGACCCUGUCAUCCAAUCAGUCCGUCACACGAACACGACACGAUUCACACAUUUCAAUCACUCGCUUCCCAUGAAUUCGCUCGCUUUCCCUAGCUGCCCGUCAGCAUUGACGCCCGCCUCCACCACCGCCCCCGCGUCCUCUCCCUUUCCCUCGCCGCGUAUAAAGAUUCGCUGCCCGCGACAAGAAGAUGCAGCUCAUUACCACCUCCGCCUCCGCGAUCGAAGCUCCUCACAAACCGUUAUCGUCGCCAUGGCAGCCGCCGCGCCUGCAAGCUCCGUGAAGGAAGUGCUGCCAUCUCCCCUGACCUCCGCCUCCGAGCCCCCUCCCCUCUUCGAUGGCACCACCAGGCUGUACGUUGCCUAUCAUUGCCCGUACGCGCAGCGCGCUUGGAUUGCCAGGAACUACAAGGACAAGAUUAAGAUAGUCGCCAUCGAUCUUGCUGACAGGCCAACAUGGUACAAGGAGAAGGUUUAUCCAGAAAACAAGGUGCCUUCUCUGGAGCACAACAACCAGGUGAAAGGUGAGAGUUUGGAUCUGGUCAAGUACAUUGACAGCAACUUUGAAGGCCCAUCGUUGCUCCCAGAGGAUCCUUCAAAAAAGCAGUUCGCUGAGGAGCUGCUUGCAUAUACUGAUGCAUUUAACAAAGCAUUAUACUUUUGUAUAGUCUCCAAGGAAGAUGUGUCUGAGGAAGCUGUCGCUGCUUUGGAUAAAAUAGAAGACGCCCUCGGGAAAUUCAACGAGGGUCCAUUCUCCCUUGGUCAGUUCAGUCUGGUGGACAUUGCGUAUGUACCAUUCAUCGAGAGGUUUCAGAUAUUCUAUUCCAACAUAAAGAACUAUGAUAUUACAAAGGGCAGACCCAACCUUCAGAAGUUCAUUGAGGAAGUGGACAAGAUUGAUGCAUACACACAGACUAAACAGGACCCACAGUUUUUACUUGAGCAGACAAAGAAGCGGCUUGGGAUUGCUUAAAGCUUGCGGCCGAGGAUGACUCUCGACAGAAAUACCAGCAUAGUAGAUCGACACUUGUUUAGUCAUUUGUGUGCUUGAAUAAUGAAUACUACAUAUAUGGUUUUCAAUAAGACAUGGUCCUCUAUACUGGGUUGUACUUCUGAAAACAAACUAGUUGUCCUGAUAUUAUAGCUUUCGUGGUGUGUUUACGUCACUGUAUAUGAAAGGGUGGGGAGAGAGAAUGAUAUGCCAUGUAUUCUGUCAAAUGUUUUUUUAUAAUGUCAAGAGCUCUGACUUUUAAUUAA